UGUUGGAUCACAACCGGUCUAGAAUCUGAUGCGGCUAUCGUGUUCGCAACCACGAAUCGAGAGCUCAAGCACAAAGGCAUUUCCGCAUUUAUAGUUCGCAAACCCGUGGAAGGGUUGACUGUGGGCAAGUCGGAAGACAAGUUGGGUAUACGGGCCACAUCGACAUGUACGUUGGAAUUCGAUGACUGUGUGCUAAGCGACUCAGAUGAAACUACGGGGUUACUGGGACCCGAAGGCGCUGGAUUCAAGAUCGCAAUGCAAACUUUGGACGGAGGGCGCAUCGGUAUUGCUGCUCAAGCUUUAGGUAUUUCUCAGGUAAGUACACCUGUCAUAACCCAUUGA